AUGGUGAAAAAAGUCCUCCAGCAGUUCUGGCUUACUGCUAAAGUCAAGCAAGAAACUGACAAGACUGAUCCUUCUGAUGAAGACUCGAUAACCAUGGAAGAGGAAUACAACAUGGCUGACGAUGUCAAGCUGAUUCUUCCAGCUAUAGAGAAUGUCUUGAUCAAAAUGGGCCAAGUUCGUAAAGACAUGCCUCUCAGGGAUGACCUUUCUUUUGACCUCUCAAUUAUCAAAGCUGAAGUCAAUGAUGUGAAGGAAUUGCUAUCUGCGCACCCAGUUCCUGAACCCUCCUUCCCCGCAGUUGAUCGCCUAUCGCUGGAUCAAGUGCUCGAACUUGAUCUUCUUCAAACUCAGUCUCUGGACAAGCUUGAACAACGAUUGGAUAUAAUUGCUAAAAGUCUUGAUGAUCUCACCUCUCCAAGUGAAGCUUCUACUGAAGUUAUAGAUACCAUCACUUCCCGUGAAGCUAAAGUUGUUGCUGAAGCUGAGGAAAAUGAUGAAGCCAUCAGAGUUGAUGCUGAAGACGAAGACCUUCCUAUAACCUCUGCAGCUAAUGUUGGUGAUAAGGAAGAUGAAGAUGAAGAUGAAGAUGAUGACGAUGAACUUGGUGAUCCUCUUUCCUUUCCUGAUGCUGGAAAAUAUCUUGGUGAUGUUGAUGAUGAAGACGAUGAUGAUGAUGACUUCACCAUUCAAUACCACACCAAACCAGCCGCCGCUCAGAAAGGAGUCUCUCUCAAGAAAUCUUCAUCUCAGGGGGAGAAAAAUAAGAAGAAAGACACGUUUGCAAAGAACCACAACACCUUUUAUAAAGACAAAGGUGUUGCUGAAGAAGGAAACCUGAAUGUUAUUUUCAAGCCUAUAAAUCCUUAA